AAGUUAGCGUUGCAGUGGAUUCCUAAGGGAUUCGAGUUAACAAUUUUAUAGUGACAGAAGUGACAGGAAAGUUUCGAUAUACAAUUUUUUACAUGGCCAGUUAUUUUGGCAUAGAUAGGUUUUUUUCAUUUUUAAAGCUCAUUAAGGAUGUGGGAAUUAUCAAUUCUGUAUACAAGGUCUUCAGAAUGGACAACCUUAGGCCUGGCAAGUGCGUAGGGUUCGACCAAUUCGGCAAUAAAUAUUUCGAGAACAGAACAUAUUUUAUCGGCAGAAGCCGAUGGGUUGAGUACGCUCCGCAAUAUCGUUUGGAAUAUGAUGCCAGCCAAGUCCCACCCAAAUGGUUCGGGUGGUUGCAUUAUAAAACAGAUUAUCUCCCAGACUCUGAUCCUACGAGACCGAACUACAAAUGGAUGUUGGAACAUACUGAAAAUUUGAGCGGUACUCCAGAGCAGUACAUGCCCUAUUCAACAACCAGACCGAAAAUUAUCCCUUGGGUGCCAGAAAGGAAGAAAGUCGAUGCGAAGAGCAAAUGCAAAGAUUAACACGUUUGUUGGAAUAAUUUAUAUAAACAUAAUUAAAAUUCAC